AGAAAUGUUAUCGUAUGGGGCCCUGGGAUUUCUGAUGGCGGUCCUGUGCAUGGGUAUUUACGUGUCUAAAUCUCUAACCUCAACUUGUUUCAAUGGCAGAUUGUUGAGGACAUAUGGCAUCUUCUUUCCAAAUACGUGGAAAAGAUGAUUCGAGAGAGGAUUCAGCCUGACAUACGCGCCAAAAGCAAUUAUCUUGCCUCGUUCCGUUUCAUCAACAUCGAUUUUGGCAAGAAGCCCCCACAGAUAAAGUCUUGGAAAACUCAUGCGGAUCCAGAAAAAAAGCAAAUAAUGUUGGAUCUCGAUAUCAGUUAUAAUGCCGACAUAAAGGUGGAUGCCGGUUUUACGGAAAAAACCCCCAUAGCCGGCAUCAAAUCUAUAAAGCUGGAGGGAAUCUUGCGGGUAAUUUUGGCACCGCUGAUGGAGGACUCACCCAUAUUUGGAGCACUGACCGUUUAUUUCCCUCAUCGUCCGGUAUUGGAACUACAAUGGACCGGAUUUGCCCACCUACUGAAUAUUCCUGGACUUCAAACGCUGUCGGAAAAAGAGCUUAUGAACCAAAUCGGACAGAUCAUCGUUGCGCCGCAGCAUUUCAGCCAUCCCCUUGCAGCCAGAUUUGAUUUGGCUAAGCUGCAGUUUUUAGAACCCAGGAAUGCGCUUCGUAUCCGAGUCAUAGAAGCCAAAAACCUUGUUGCCAAGGAAAUUUUAACCAAAUCGUCGAACCCUUAUGUUGUGAUAUGCGGAGGAGGAACAACAGCAAAGACAAGGGUGAUACACAAGAACUUGAAUCCAAAGUGGAAUGAGACCUUUGAGAUAUUAUAUUCUGACCUCCCAGACCAGGAGAUAGAAUUUAAUCUCAUCUCUGACAAAGGUGUUAAGAUAAACCAGCAAUUGGGCAGUUGCAGAAUUAGAAUUAAAGAGGUGCCAGAGAGAGGAUUCAUAGACAAGUGGAUAGAUUUGGAGAACGUAAAGUCUGGCCAGCUUCAUAUCAAGGUGACACGUCUCAGGCUACUUUCAGACCCAACACAACUGGAAGAGGUAAAGUCUCUGUUCCUUUACGCUGGCUACCGUGGAAAUACGUUGGAAUGUUUUGUUGGUGCAUCUAAUUUUUUUUUGGUUUUCCAGGUGCUGAAAGUAAAUGAACAAUCGCGGCCAAAAAGAGAAAAUGAGAUUGCUUCAGCCGUUUUAUACACCUAUAUUGAAAAAGGAAGGGGUCUGCCUGUUAUACAAGUGAAGAAGGACAAUCUGAAAGCGUUAGCUGUCGUGCAGGUUGGCGUUGAAGACAAUGUAAAGAAGAUUGGAAGCAGAAUAAAUAACGGAGAAGCAGAGUGGAAAAAGAGGUUCCAGUUCUUGAUAAGGAACCCACUUAAUGAGGAACUGAAGCUUAAGGUUCACAAUGAACACAAUAAGCCCAUCGGAAGUAUUACUGUGCGCCUAUCUCGCCUUCUGGCUGCUUCGGAAAUGACCUUGCAGGACUGGCUGCCCCUGGAAUCAACUGAACAGAAUAGUGAAAUCCGGGUGAAAUUACAAUUGAGGAUUUUGACCCCUGAUGUUGGAGCUCCAUCGCCCCAAGGAAAGACCAAGGCUCAAUAUAUCAAACCACGGACCAAAGUCAAGAAGCACUGAGCGUUCAUUUUACAAUCAUUAGGUGACUGGCCAGUCUACCAACUCAUAGACACAAUCCACACAAUCUAUUUGAUGAAUUAGAGCCAACAGAAAUUCCAAAUAAAGAAUUUAUUCCUGAUUCAAAUGAUAUUGUUUACCCGUUAUUAAGAUCAAAGCUAACGCGCAGGUCUCCCUCCCACGGUUGGACAGAUCUCAAGUCCUUUAUAGGAGUUAAAUGGAACAUAUGGAACAUACAGGCACAUUAGCUCAUAAGUGGUUGGACGUGGAAAAGUUUCAUAGUGACUUAAUGCAGUGUUGUAUUUGAAGAAAUCUAAAUAUUUCCUCUUGGGGAAUGUUAUACUGGUCACGCAAUUGUUGCACUGAGAGUAAGGGUGUCCAUUUAGUAAGGGUAAAUAUUGUAGUCAGGUUGUUUUGUUCCCAACCCUGGAAGGUCCCACCAGAAAUCCCUGGAGGAAAGUCUGGGUUAGACAAAAAUACAGCUGGCUUAGAUGGAGAAACAAACUUAUAAGGCCAAAUGUGCCGUAUCUUGAGAGAAUGUGACAAUAUUUGGGUGUGUCCUUAAUUGUAGAGCAAAGCGUUUAGAACAUAAUACAUUUUGAACAUGCCCACUGUGCCGUGGUAUGAGUUGACCUCUUUGGGCUUCUAUAUAGUAAUAGUGAAGGUUUUAGGCUUCCCUUCUAUUGCUUCUGGAAGCAGUAUAAGAGUUAAAUCUGGUUCUUUUGUUAUCCCACAAAAAUGUAUUGAAAACUUUUAGUAAAUAUUCUAUGCCCUCUGGAGGAGUAACAACUUUCGUGGUGUGGAGAUGCGUACGGACAUCAAAGAUGUCUAUGAAGCAAAGCAACAUGGUACUUUUGUAUUUCAAGAAGAAGUUUAAUUCUGCUGAGGAUCUGAGGAGGAGGAUGAAGAAGGAAGAAUGGGAGGAUUUAAUACCAACACAGAACUUUUGUAUUUUGAAAAGAAGGUAGCAUGCGGUAAAGUAACUCAUGAUCUGCCCACAAUCUGAGGAGGAUGACAAUGGAGGAGGAACUUAGAAGACUACAUUUUAUCUCCUACAUGAAUAAUUCAUUCAACUACCCUGAUGUAGCCUCUCGUCACCCUUUGGCAUCAGUUGUGAGCCAUGCAAGUACUUUUGGGGCAGAGGAGAAGGAAGAGGACAUCAAAGAUGCCCAUGAAGCAAGCCAACAUUGAACUUUUGUAUUACAAAUAGAAGAUAUUUUGUUCUUGUAACAUUUCAAUGCCCAUGAAUGUCAACUGGAAUGUCAACAGGCUCCCACCAGUCUGUAGAGGACGAACGAGGAAGAGGAGGACUUAACAUAAACAUCAAUGCUGCUACCUAAGGCCACAACUCACCCUCUAUGUGUCAGUACCUUCUAGGUUGCACCCUCAUUGUCCCUGACCUUUGGCCUGACUUCUCAUGAUGGAACAUCUACUGUCUGUCUUGCUUAUCCGUUAUUAAGAUCAAAGCUAACUCGCAGGUCUCCUUCCCAUGGUUGGACAAAUUUAAAAUCCUUUAUAGGAGUUAAAUGGAACAUAUGGUCAUACAGGAUCUAGUAUCCAAGGCAAAUUAGCUUAUAAGAGACUUAGUGCAGUAUUGUACUUGAAGAAAUCUAAAUAUUUCCUCUUGGGGAAUGUUAUACUGGUCACACAACUGUGGCACUGAGAGUAAGGGUGUCCAUUUAGUAAGGGAAUAUACUGUAGUCAGGUUGUUUUGUUUUCACCACUGGAAGGUCCCACCAGAAAUCACUGGAGGAAAGUCUGGGUUAGACAAAAAAACAGCUGGUUUAGAUGGAGAAACAAACUUAUAAGGCCAAAUCUGUGCCGUAUCUUGAGAGAAUUUGACAGAAAUCCCCAGAGGAAAGUCUGGGUUAGACAACCCUGAGAGAAUGUGACAAUAUUGGGUGUGCCCUUAUUUAUAGAGGGAAGCGUUUAGAACAUAAGGGGGGAUGAAG